CUGACACUAUCAUUCAAAAGUUUGUGCUGUCUCAGCCCCGUUUAAAAACUGAGCCGCAACUUGCAAAGCUCCAUCGGGCUCAAGCAGUUUGCGGACCAAAUUCUUCCACCACCAUCCAUCAAAUUCAAGCCAUACACCACCAAAAAGCGCACAGCAACCGCAACUCAAUUCCCCACAAGAAAAUAAAACACACCCAAUUCAAUCACUUUUUAGUUUUGUACAUCAAUUCUCGCAGUGGGAACGAAACCCACAAACUCCAAUCCUCUGGAACACCCCAGAGAGAGAGAGAGAGCGAGAGAGAGAGAGAGCUUCCUCUUCUCUGCUUCAUUGCUGUUAUUCAACAAUCGCGCGAUACAAAAGAGAUAACCAAGUGGGAGCUUCCUCUGUGUCGAAUCAGCGCUGAGGAUUUCUUGGGCGGUUCAAUCGGAUUCUUAAGCUGCUUUUUCCAUUUCAUUUCGCAGUUGGGUUUCUAGUUUCCUCUUCGAUUUGCUAAUUAUAACUCCGAAUCGUCGAGUGGGAAGUGGGAUUUGAAUCGUUUGAUAUGUCUUUUGCUUCAUCGUUGGUUGUCUCUCUCAACGUCGAAGUUUCGCUGAGCUUCGGAUUUCUUGAUUCAGUCCGUGAUGGAACCCAAUUUCCCGAUUCUUCUAGAUUCUUCUUCUCCCGAAAUCGAACGAACCAGAUGAGUAAGAGGCAGAAAUGGAGCAACAAUUCGCUCUCUACAGAAUUGAAAUACCCAUUUCUUAUAGCAGCGAGCAUGGUGGCGAAUCCCGCCGGAGAAAUGGCCAUCUCAUCGGAGCAGAAGGUGUACAACGUAGUUAUGAAACAGGCGGCUCUGGUGAAGCGGCAGCUGCGGACCGCCGGAGAACUGGACGUGAAGCCGGAUAUUGUUCUUCCGGGGACUCUCAGUUUGUUGAACGAAGCUUAUGAUCGCUGUGGAGAAGUUUGUGCAGAGUAUGCCAAGACAUUUUAUCUGGGAACUAUGCUGAUGACACCUGAGAGGCAAAAGGCUAUCUGGGCAAUAUAUGUGUGGUGUAGGAGGACAGAUGAGCUUGUUGAUGGGCCAAAUGCUUCGCACAUAACACCUACAGCAUUGGAUAGAUGGGAGGCGAGGUUGGAAGAGCUUUUCCAGGGGAGGCCUUUCGACAUGCUCGAUGCCGCUUUAGCCGAUACCGUUACUAAGUUUCCCGUCGACAUUCAGCCUUUUAAAGAUAUGAUCGAAGGGAUGAGGACGGACCUGAGGAAGUCGAGAUACAAGAACUUCGACGAACUGUAUCUGUACUGCUAUUAUGUGGCUGGGACAGUUGGGUUGAUGAGUGUUCCUGUUAUGGGGAUUGCACCUGACUCAGAAGCAAGCACAGAGAGUGUAUACAAUGCUGCCUUGGCUUUGGGCAUUGCUAAUCAGCUUACAAACAUACUCAGAGAUGUUGGAGAAGAUGCUAGAAGGGGAAGAAUUUAUCUACCACAAGAUGAGCUAGCACAGGCAGGAAUUUCAGAAGAGGACAUUUUUGGGGGAAGAGUGACUGAUAAAUGGAGAAACUUCAUGAAGAAUCAAAUCAAGAGGGCCAGAAUGUUCUUCGACGACGCCGAGAAAGGAGUCUUGGAGCUUAACAAAGCUAGCAGAUGGCCGGUGUGGGCAUCAUUGCUAUUAUAUCGCCAAAUAUUGGACGAGAUAGAAGCAAAUGACUACAACAACUUCACAAAGAGGGCCUAUGUGAGCAAGGCCAAGAAAUUGAUGGCUUUGCCAAUGGCUUAUGCAAGGUCUCUUAUGGGCCCUUCUUGAACUUACACCACUACUAAUUACUAUACCAACUCAACAAGCACAAUGAAAUUUCAACAAGAAAAUUUGUAUAUUAGCAUAUUCCUUCUUCAAUUAGCCAKAGUCGAUUCCAAAAUUUUAUUAUCGAGGCGUUUCARUCUAUAUUCUUUAGCAAUAUCGUUGCUGGUGAUUUAAAUGUGUUAUUUGAUGGAUGGCCGUAGAGCUCAUAGUUUACUUAGGGUUUUGUUUCCAUUUUUUUAGACGAUAGAUAAGAUAUGUCAAUUAACUAGCUUGGAGUGAAAAAAAUACGACCUAAUUAGCGUAAUUUUAGCCCAAUGGCUAGAUGCACAGCGUGCUAAAAGCCACACUCUAA